AUCCUGUGCAGUGAUCCUGAAGCCUGCCUGCUGCCAUGGAGACCAGAGCCCUCUGGCUAAUGCUGCUGGUGGUCCUGGUGGCUGGGUCCUCUGGGGUAGCUGCAGAUUACAUUGGCCUAUCUCCAAGCCAAUGCAUGGUCCCAGCAAAUGUCCGGGUGGACUGUGGCUACCCCUCUGUCACAUCGGAGCAGUGUAACAACCGUGGUUGCUGCUUUGACUCCAGCAUCCCAAAUGUGCCCUGGUGCUUCAAACCUCUGCAGGAGACAGAAUGCACAUUUUGAAGCUGUCCAGGCUCCAAGAAGGGAGCUCUGCACCCUGGACUCUUUCUGCUGCUGGUGGUGGCCGAGGGCAGCAUUCAUUCCUGACCUGCUCCCUGCUGCAGGCCAAUAAAGGAGCCAGGAGUCCUGAAGAAUAAAGGCCUCGCAGUCAACCCAGGCUGCUCUGAUUGC